AUGACGGGGAAGAUGCUUUCUGGGGUGCCAGUACUAUGUUCUACACCCGGUGAUUACUCCGAUCAUUUUUUUGCCUCCCCCUCAUUGCUCAAUGCACAAGCCGAUGUCAUGAUGAUCACAACCCCUCACGCGAAGAGGGGUUGGGGUUUUGGCUACCUUGAAGCCCGUGCUAUAUCGAGAAAGGAGAGAAAAUUGCAAAAUGCAUUGGAUGCUAGAAGUGGUCUCCAAGAUCUCGUUGACUCGUGA